AUGAACCAGGCACAAACUCUGCUGAUUGACGGUCUCGUCAAGACAAAGCAUGUAGCCAAUGCUGCCCUUAUCAGAAUAUCCGACAUGGCUGUGAUGACAGCAACUCCAGGCUUUAAUAUUCAGAACUGGGCCUCAGUCUUUGUCCAAGCCUUCUACAACAACCCGGCCCAAAUCCGAAAGGAAGGGCAGUACUUUAAAGACCGUUUUUAUAAAUGCUUCCGAGCAGAUGGCAACUCCAUCUAUCUUAAAGCAAAAGAAGAGGGAGUGAUACUAGUUAAAACCGGAGCCUUCGUCCUGGUCGGAACCUAUUGCCAAGGCAUGUACCCCAGUGUCUGUGUCGAGGCGAUGGAGAAACUAGCAGACUACCUGAGAGCAAAGGGGAACUGAAGAAAGGAAGAAGGAAAAGAGCAAGAGAACUUUCUACCCAAAAUUCUUGCUUGGCACAACCAGGAAAAGAAAUGUCCCUUUUUGAACAGCACAGUGUGUUCCCUGCAGGUCAAUCUCAAUGGACAUGUCCUUUGGAGGCACACAAGAUAAUACCCAGGCAAGUACAGGCAAGCAUAUUGUUGUGGAACUGAAUUAUUAUAAGCCUAUUUUCAGAGAAGGAUAUGGCAGGCAAGCAUAGACAGAGACCGGGACCAUCUCCUUGCUAUUUACCUGAGAUGAGCGGAAACUGCCCGAAAUUGGCCGAGCUAUUGCCACAGCAACCACAACUGGUAAGGUUCAGCAUUGUCGAGGGAGAGGACCAUCGGAUUGCCACGUCAAAGGGCCAGUGGGCCUCCAUGGGGAAUUUCCUGUUAGAACAAGCUCUGCCAUUGGACGGAGUAAGGCAGCAGACUAAAAAGGCAGCAAACCAUAGUUUUCUUGGUUUUACUCUCAAGAAGAAGCCAUUUUUGGAUUUUGGCUUGCCUCAGUUACACCUUGGAUUGCCUUGGGCCCCCUGCACCUGAACCUGGAUCCUAGAAAGACCUGCAUUUGCUGCCAGACAUAAAUAAUGCUUUCCAUCAGAUCUUGGGUGCACAUGGUCUUUGCGUCGGCUAGUAAUAAACAAGGCAUAUUUUUUCAAGCUGAGGGCUACACCCAACCACAGACUGGCAUACCAGGGUUGUGCCACUUUGAAAGCAGACAAUUUCAUGCCAUUUUGAAAGCAGACAGAUCCGAGACAAAGGAGUGGGUAAGCAAGGAGCACUUUUAAAUUUGAGUUAAUCGUCGUUAAUUGUAAAUGUUCAAUAAAUGUGGUUAAUGGU